AUGACAAUCAAUGCUCAGCCCACUCUGCACACCGCACGCCUGGAACUAGUCCCUCUGGGCCCCGAGCACCGCGAGUUCACGAUGAAGUUGGACAUGGACCCAGAGGUCAUGAAGAUGGUCGCCUUCGGCCGGCCAUUUACCGAAGACGAAGCUAUCCAGGUUCAUACCUGGCUGAUGGGCUGCGCAACGUCUGUGCCUGGUUUUGGAACCUGGGCCGGCUUUGCCAAAGGCGAGUUCGUGGGUUGGUGGAUACUGGCACCCGUUCCCACGAAGGAAAACCCUGAGAGGUUCAUGACCGAUAGAACGGAGUAUGGCUUCCGAAUGGUUCGCUAUGCCUUCCAGGAACUGGGUCUGGCGGAGGUGAUUGGCGAGACGAUGACUAUCAACAUGGCUUCUCGGGCGGUGAUGGCUGGGUGCGGGUUGAAGCAUGUUGAGACUUUCUUCAACAAGUACGAUACUCCGCCACCAGGGAUUGAGGAGGGGGAGGUGCGGUAUUCGAUCACCAGGGAGGAAUGGUUGCGUAAGGAAAAAUCCAGCAUGACCCGAAAUCGUUGGUUUCCGGUUUUCGCCAGCUGGCCGCCACGAUUGCUCCUGUCCAGGCUCUGGUCAUAUUUCUCCAGCGGCCUACGCUCGUAG